CAAAAUUCGAUUAGCAUUGAAAAUGUUCUAGAACUCGGAACAAAGUAUUAAAUUAAGUUGACGUUAAGGUCAUUAGAAAUAACGUUUGAAUGAUCUUCAAUUGUUUUGAUCGAUUCUUUUCAAAUUUUAAGAUAAGAAUUUCAGUUCUUCAAACAGUUGGUUGGACUAAUUUCUUGUUAAUUUAGGCAAACUGA